AUGGAUACAAAAUGGGAUUUUUCACCUGAACUUGUAUUUACUAAAUGGAAAAUUUUUAUGGAAAGAAUGAAUAAAAUUAAAGAAUUAUUUUCAAUAGCAAAUGCUUUUCUUAAACUUGAAAAAGUUGAAAUUGGUGGUGUAAAAGGUCGAGCAUUAUCUGCAGAAAUAUUUCAAAUUUAUGAAGAAUUUAAGGAUACAUUUGAAAAAUUCAGUGCAAAAACCUAUAAUCCACUUGAUACAAAAAAUACGGAAUUUGUGGAUGAUAUAGCACAUUUUCAUGAUAUAAUUGAUGAUCUUGAUCGACGUAUAGGUCGUAUUGCUAAUCAAGCAUUUGCUGAUUGUAAUGGUCUUGAAGCUAUGUUUAAAUUAGUUAAUAUAUUUGGAUCAUUACUUGAUCGUCCGAAAAUUCAUCAUGUUUUCGCACAUAAUUAUUCAAUUCUUAUUCAACAAGUUGAACGUGAAAUGGAUGAUGCAAAAGAAUUAUUUGAUCGACAAAUGUCUUAUCAAGAAGAACAUGGUUCUAUUCAACUUGAUCGUAAUAUGACAAAAGUUGCUGGCAGUUUAUUAUGGGCUGAAGAACUUAAACAACGAUAUACACAACCAAUGGAACAAUUUCGACAAUUAGAAAAUGAAACAACACAAACACCAGAAGCUAAACGUAUAGAAGAAAAAUAUAAUGAAUUAGAUCAACUUAUUGAUAAAUUUAUUGAAAGUCUUUAUAAAGAAUGGGCUAAUAAUGUAAGUGAAGCAUCAAAAUUUAAUCUUAAUCAAUAUUUAAUUACACGAAAUCCAAAAAAUCAUUUAAUACAUUUAAAUUUUCAUCCACAACUUGAAACAGUUUUACGUGAAGUUCGUUAUUUAGAAAUAAAAGAUCGUAAAGAUAUUCCUCAAGCUGCUUUAGAUAUUUACAAAGAUAAUGAUACAUAUCUACAAUAUAUUAACAAUUUAAAUUAUACAAUAGCAUCAUAUAAUAAAAUUCGUGAAACAGUUGCUGAAGUUGAAUAUCCAUUAAUUGAACAACAACUUCAAACUAUUGAUCAACAAUUAUCUGAUGCAGAAAAUAAAUUAACUUGGUCAACAUCUGGUAUUGGUGAAUAUAUAUUACGUACUCGAACAGUAGUCUUUGAUCUUGAACAACGUCUUCAGAAAUCGAAAAAUAAUAUACUUGAAAUUCAAUCAAUAAUGGCAACAUGGUCUAAAAGUCCAUUGUAUGAACGUUCAAGUGCACGUGGCGGUGGUGGUGCAACGGAAAAACAAACUAGUGGCGAUAAUCUUUUA